CGCUGACUUCGUUUCUUGACCUCCAUCCUUGAAAACCUUCAUCAUGCCUCCCCCAAAAUCCAAAGGUGGUAAAAUGCUUGGUCUCAUCAAUUGGAGACUCAAGGUCACUAUCAACGAUGGACGCGCUUUGACUGGCCAAAUGCUUGCUUUCGAUAAGCAUAUGAAUCUCGUCCUCGCAGAAUGCGAAGAAUUUCGCCGUGUUCGACCAAAGAAAAAGGCAGGAGAUGAGUCUGCACCGGCAGAACAGGAGUUGAAAAGGACGUUGGGUUUAGUUAUUUUGAGAGGAGAGACGGUCGUCAGUUUGUCAGUCGAGGGCCCUCCACCAGUUGUAGAUGAUGAUAAAAAGAAUACUGUACGCUCGUCACGACUACUGGUAAGAUUUUCUAUGCUGAUUGGUUGAUUAAUAGCUCCCUGUUGGGCCUGGUCGUGGUAU